AUGGUCACAUCCCAAGUCUUUUCUUCCUUCAAAGCUCCCUUCACCACUUCAAGCCGGCUACCACGACUACUCCCCAACAACAAUGGCAAGGCUGCCAAACAACAACAGCAACAGCAACCUGAAGCACCCCUGCACCAGACAUCAAAAGAGGGCAAUAACGAUAGGACUGAAAUGGUAGCCUUAAACAUGAUAUUGCUGGAACCAAAAGAACCGGAUGGAUACUUGUUGGCAGGGCAAUUAUACGAAAAACAAGGCCGCCUUUCAGCUGCACGAGUCAUGUAUGCAGAUUCGCUGAUACACGUUCCAACAACCAAUCCACGUUAUGAAGAGCUUCGCCUUGGUCUUAAAAAACUCAACAUGCAACUUGGAUCUUUUGUUUCUUUGUUUGCAUAUGAUGUCGUAUGCAUCAUUUUCGACCAAUUGGCACCUGAUGACCUUAUCCAAUGCACAGGCGUUUGUCAAGCAUGGGGCAACUUUAUGCUACAAUGGCCCGAGUUUUGGGAUUCACUAGAUGGUGUCAUUGAUCGUGCAACAGUGGAUUCACUUUUGGGUGGCAAGGAUGACCGCUUUCAUAUGCGUGGCACUACCAAUGAUGUUUUAUUCACUUCUAUGCUCAAGUUUCUCGUUGCUAGUGGUGCACGUAACAUCAAGGAAAUGCAUUUUGAGGAUAUGCUGCUGACAGAGGAACACAUUGGCUUGAUUGUGAAAGCCGCAAAAUCAUCUACCUCGGCUGUGGAGCGUAUAACUUUCAAGGAUGUUCCCCUCGGCAACCCAUCACGUGUACUGCUUGAUAUCGUAGCGCAGUGUCCUCGACUAAGACACUUUUCACACCAAGCGGGGAAAAGGGAGAACGACAGGCAAUUGACCUUUGUGCUCCCACUCAAACCUGAAGAUCCGCCGUUAUUGGAGAUCCCAUAUGAUGUUUACAUGCUUACUUCUCUUGAUCUCCACAUGGGUCGUAGCCACUGUGGAUUUGGGCCCCAACCUCCUCCAAAGCUGUUCCACAAGUUCAUAAAGAGAUGCCCCCAUCUUGAAAGACUCAGCGUAUAUGCAUAUGAUCACAUCAAUCAUGGUAAAGUUAUACGUGCCGCUGUUGAGCACUGUCCUCGCUUGAAAGAUUUGGUAGUGAGGCAUUCCGGAACCAAAAUACCAAGCAGUGUAGAAAAUACACAACAAGAUCAACUCGCUGGCUCGGAAACGAAAGGCCUUGAGCGAUUCGUAUUUUCUUUUAUUACCGAUUCUAGAAUCUCGAUCUCUACUUCAGACGUUGCACCAGUGAUCAAGAAGCACCAUAAGACAUUGUCAACUCUCUACCUCCAUAUUGAUAGAAACGUGAUUGAUACUCGCUUUCUUUUUCUAUUGGCUCGCUAUGGGAUGCCACAGCUACGCGAGCUAUACCUAUAUACUGAAGGCUAUUGCCAAAGACGUACACAGUUUACAGAUACCCGGAACCCAACAUUCGACAAAGCCAUUGCUGCUCUUGUCUCUCGUUGUCCACAAUUGCGCAUCUUGCAUAUUGUCGAGAGUACAUCGUAUACAUGGUCGUAUUACUAUGGAAGCGCUAUACCAGUAACAAACCAUGCGAUUUCGGCAAUACUCAAGCAUUGUCGUUCUCUUGAAGAAUUGAAAAUCAAUACUAAAGGCCGUAAUAAUAUCGACGAAGAUGACCUUACCGCAGCAAGAAUUGAAGAGCUAAAGAAAAUAUAUGGAAAUGGGGCAACAUGA